AUGGUACCAGACGCCGUCCGUGGCCGUGAGGCGUACACUGUCGGCAUCGUUUGCGCGCUGGCGAUUGAGAAAGCUGCAGCCAUCGCCAUGCUUGACGACAAGCACGAACGCCUACCGCCUGCUCCAGGUGACGAGAGCGACUAUACUUUCGGAACGAUCGGUGCGCACGGAGUGGUUAUUGCCUGCCUCCCGGCGGGCAUGACUGGCACCGUAUCUGCUGCAUUAGUGGCCCGCGACAUGACUCACAGCUUUCCGAUCCGCAUCGGCUUGAUGAGCGAAGAGGUGGACGUGCGGCUCGGGGAUGUGGUCGUGAGCCAGCCGAACGGCCAGCAUGGCGGAGUAGUGCAGUGGGAUUUUGGCGACGACAACGACGAACUUUUCGAAGCUAGCUAUGAUCACGAAGGUGGAAGCACAUGUAUGCAGUGCGCCCGCUCGCGUACGGUGCAGCGGGCAGCACGCCGAAGCCGCCGCACACACCUGCAUUACGGCAAUAUUGCUUCAGGAAACGUGGUGAUAAAGGAUGGGCGUACGCGCGAUCAGAUCGCGCAGCAGGAGGGCGUAAUCUGCUUUGAGAUGGAAGCGGCGGGCUUGAUGGACUCGUUUCCGUGUCUUGUGAUCCGCGGGAUCUGCGACUAUGCCGACUCGCACAAGAACAAGCGAUGGCAGCCGUAUGCAGCAGCGACGGCGGCGGCAUACGCACGGGAGCUGCUACUGUGGAUGCCCGCCACCGAAGUUGCAAAAAUCCGCCCCGUGCGAGAAGCGACAGCACCACAUGACUUCUCCGUCCCGUUCAGCCUACAAGGUGUCCCGACGACGGAAUACUUUGUGCCUCGCAAAGUUGAGAUGCAGCAUCUCACCGAGUUUUUCGCAAUCACAUCGACACGGACGGCACAGCAGCGGGUGUUUGUGGUGCACGGCACGGGCGGGAUGGGCAAGACGCAGCUGUACGCCAAGUUCGCAGAGACGAAUGCGGAGCGGUUCAGCGCGGUGUUCUGGCUGGACGGGUCGUCCAAAGACGCUCUGCAGCGAUCGAUGGCCAGCGCAGGCUCGCGGGUGUCGACGCCUACGAAUGCAUCGUCGGUACCGAUGGACGUCGCGCAAUCGGUCGACCACUUUCGGCAAUGGUUGUCGUCCCCGGGCAACACGAACUGGUUGCUAGUGAUUGACAACGUCGACCGCGACUGGCAGGGCAAGACGAAGGAUGACCAGGCAUACGACUAUCACGAGUUCCUACCACGAUUGCAACGGCCAAAGGCUAGCCUGCAUUUAGAUACUGCCGACGAUGAGCUCGCGAAAGAGAUGGUCGAAACUCGCGCAAAUGAAGCGGUAACGAACAUCGAUCAAUUGCUGCCUAAGCUCGGCGGUCUGCCGCUCGUGCUCGCUCAAGCAGGAGCAUAUCUCGGCACGACCGGGAUGAGUAUUACGGACUAUCUCGAGCAUUAUAAUACGACGUAG